AUGGAUAACCGGCACGACGAGCUGCAGCUCAAGCCGUGUCACUAUUCGUCAGCUGCCACGUCCUUACAGAUCAGCGGGUUUGGUGUGGAAUCGUCCACGGAUGAGUCCAAGCGUUGGCAGCAGAGUCUAGAGAAGUGCAUUCGCGCCAUUGUGAGUAUUCGGCUGCUAAGUGUACGCGCAUUUGACGGCAACGGUGCGAGUUUUAGCGUAGCAACAGGAUUCGUGGUAGACAUGCAGCGGGGUUUGAUUCUUACAAAUCGCCACGUGGUUACGCCCGGUCCCGUAGUAGCUGAUGCGAUAUUUCUUAACAAGGAGGAGGUGGAUCUUGUGCCUGUGUAUCGAGAUCCCGUGCAUGACUUUGGAUUCUUUCGCUUUGAUCCAAGCAAAGUAAAAUUUCUUACUUUGCACGAAAUUCCGCUACGGCCUAAAGCUGCCAAGAUUGGUGCUGAGAUCCGCGUAGUGGGUAAUGAUGCGGGUGAAAAACUAUCCAUUUUGCCGGGCAUCUUAGCCAAACUGGACCGAGAUGCGCCAUCCUAUGGCUCUAGUACGUAUAAUGACUUUAACACGUUUUACUUUGCAGCGGCUAGUAGCACAAGUGGAGGCUCUAGUGGCUCUCCCGUGCUGAAUAUCGACGGUUGCGCGAUCGCACUAAAUGCUGGAGGAGCCAAGAAGGCAGCGUCGUCAUUUUACCUGCCACUGGAUCGCGUUGUACGAGUACUUGGUCUGAUCCAACAGGGCAAACCAGUGGCGCGUGGUACCAUUCAGACAAUAUUUCGUCACACGGCGUUUGAUGAGGUGCGGCGACUUGGACUGCCAGGAGAAACAGAGGCUUUGGUGCGCCAACAAUUCCCGCAGGAGACAGGCAUGAUGGUAGUAGACCAGGUCAUUCAAGGAGGGCCAGCGCAUGAUCAGCUGCGAACAGGAGACGUGCUUAUCAAGUUUGGUGACAAGUACGGCGCGACGUUUUUGACCAUCGAAGAGCUGUUGGAUUCACAUGUUGCUGAGACAGCAACAGUGCAGUUUCAGCGCGGAGACGAGCAGUACACAUCAACGCUCAUGAUCCAGGACUUACAUGCUAUCACGCCAGACAGGUACUUGGAAAUUGGAGGUGGUAUUGUACACGCUCUAUCCUACCAACAAGCUCGUAACGCCUCACUGCCGGUGGGUGGCGUGUAUCUAGCCCAAGCAGGCCACAUGUUUAUGAAGGCGCAUUUGUCCCAGCCCUGUAUCAUAACGUCCGUGGCAGGACAGCCUACCCCAAAACUAGAUGACUUUGCGAGCGUGAUGGCCUCGCUUCCUAACGGAUUUCGCACGGUAUUGCGAUACUUUAUGAUCCGCGAUCGCCAUCGUGUCCGUACAGCUUUCAUCAUGAUGGAUCGCUGUUGGUUCCCGAUGCAGAUGUGCACACGCAACGAUGAAGAUGGGUUAUGGUAUUCAAAGGCAUACAUUCAGGAUGUACUAAAUGAAGAUCAAGCACUAGGAAAUAUUGCAAAAUUCGGACACCCUACGUUUGCUCCAGCGCCGUUAAGUUUUCCUGGAGGAAACGCACUGGGCAAGAAGACGCUGCUAUCACUUGUAAUGGUGUCUUUUGACAUUCCAUACAUGAUUGAUGGUAUUUCGAGCUCAAGCUACCAUGGGAUGGGAGUCGUAGUAGAUGCCCAGCAAGGUUUUGUGCUUGUGGAUCAGAACACGGUUCCCAUUGCACUGGGUGACGUGCUGAUUACAAUUGCAGCUACCGUUGAGAUUCCCGCCAAGGUAGUGUUUGUACACCCAGUUCAUAACUUCUCCAUUGUACAAUACGACCCUAAGACAUUAGGAUCUGUAGCCAGCCAUAUCGAGAGUGUUGUGUUGGCUACAAAACCUCUUGAAGUUGGUGAAACCGCCGACUACGUCGGAUUGAGCAGUAAUUGGACUGUUGUUACCAUGAAGUCUGUCGUCACCAAGCUCGACCGUCUUGUGUUGCGCGAUUUCCAGCCGCCACGAUACAAGGCAUGCAAUAUUGAGGUGCUGCACUUUGAUCGUAUCACGAAGUCCGUAGGCGGUGUAUUUAUUAACGACGAAGGCGCUGUAAAUGCACUGUGGCUGUCUUUUAGCUACCAAGACAAUGCUGGUCGCAAGGAGGUUUUUCGUGGGCUACCAGUCAGCAGUGCUCGACACAUUAUCGAUGAGCUUCGGGCGUCUCGCAUCCCAGCGUCGUUAAAUAUUCUACCGGCGCAAUUGCUGACUUACUCUCUGUCUAAAGCACGUUCUGGUCUUGGGCUCUCAGAUGCAUGGAUACAGAAGCUUGAAUCACGCUACGAAGACAAGCGUCAAGUACUUGGCAUCAAGCGGUGUGCUGCCGGCACGGACUGUGCCGACAAAUUUGAGAGUGGCGACUUGCUUUUAGCCAUCAACGGACAAAUUGUGGUGCGGGAUGCAGAUGUAGAAGAUGCAGUAGAAGGUAGAACGCAAGUGCUUGCUGUGAUUGUGCGCGAUCAGAAGGAAAUGGAGGUGACAGUAAGCACGUCCCAGCUAUCAGCUAUGGGUACUGAUCGUGUAAUCGUCUGGUGCGGUCUCGUCAUUCAAAGCCCUCACUAUGCAGUAGCGAGCUUGGGCUAUAUUCCGAAAGAAGGCGGUGGCGUAUAUUGCUCCCGGUGGUGUUAUGGAUCCCCGGGGCAUAAAUAUGGCUUGCGAGCAACUAUUUGGCUUGUGGAAGUCAACGGAAAGCCAACACGCACGUUAGAUGACUUCUUGGGGGUAGUGGGACGUCUUGGUAAUCGCGAGUCUGUGCGCUUAAAAACCAUUUCCAUUAAUACGAAGCCAAAGGUGUUUACCUUGAAGACAGACUACCACUACUGGCCAACAAUCGAACUUCACCGAGAAGGAUGGGAUUGGAAAUAUGUAAAGCACCCUGUAUCCACGUAG